AUGAGCUUCUACGGUUCCGGCUAUGGGCCUCCCCAUGGCUACCAGACAUCACAACCCUAUGAAUACCCUCCAGGUCAAGCGUAUGCCGCGCCGCCGUUCCUCACGAGCGCAACCUUGGAAGACCAGCAUGCAGCUUAUAGCCAUGGCACUGUGGAAGCCUACAAGUACAAUCACACCGCCAUACCUGGACUAGGUAUGGGCUUCUCUCACGACACCGCGCCAUGGCAAUCUGCCUGGCCUCACGGCCCCAUCGAAGCGCAAACCGGACCAAACGAUCCAUCCCCGAUGAAACAGACCACCGCACCUGUUGGACUCACGACAAAGGACCUUCACGUGGCGCACAAUAAGCAACACAGCUCAGGCACCGAUGAUGAUGCUAUGGAAGAGGGAGAGGUCAGUGAAGGAGAGUUGGAGGACAUCUAUGAGCCUGGCGAGGUUGACGUUACCAAAAAUGGUGCGCGCGAUCCGCAAAGCCUAGGGCACAAAGCCCAGGUUGGCUACCACGAUGCCAGGUCCCAGAUUCCUGCAACCGCGGCCUUGCCAACCAACGCAUCUUCCAAGGAAAACGCUUGGAACGGAGACCAGCCUGCUCGAGACCGCUCUGGCUCGUACUCGCCCUAUCUCUCACCGCGCGAGAUACAGUCGAACGGCCUCGAAAACGGCGCGUCAUGCGCUCAAACACCACGCAGUGAUGGACCCCCUCAAGUUAUCGAACUUACGAGCCCAAACCGCCCCCAACAUGUCCAUGUUCGUGACAGCGAAAUGGGACAUACUCAAACAAGCCAGUCGGACAAAGUGCUGUUCGAGUUCAAGAAGCGGGCCCAAGACGCAAUCGUCCGCCUCUGGCCGCUCAAUGUGCGAUACCAGAACUACGUUGAGGAGGGGGUGGACAAAAUGGUUCUCGAUCAACUGUUCAUGGAACUGGGUCUCGACAUCACUGCACAUGCCCCAGUUUUGGAAGAAACCAGGGUGCUUGCGGCACCCCAAGCUACAGACACAUCGGGCAAUGCGCAUAAUGGAAGCAGCCACUUGAUGACAACAAGCAACAACGAUGAGAAGUCGGAGAGCACAGAUCGAGCCAAGGACAAGUCGGAAGAGCGAAAAGACCGAAUAGCGCGGCUGCUGGCUGCGAAGGGCUCCAAGUCAACUGCAGCAACUGUGGACGACCACAAAACUUCAAAGGCUUCUGUGGACACCUCUGCCACAACUGCUAUCAGCAAGCCCGAGAAGACUAAAUCUCAAUCGGAAAAGUCCAAGCUGAUACAGCAAAAGAUGGAAGCACUCAUGAAAGCGCGGGAGGCGAAUGCAAAAGCAACGCAGGCCCCGGCCCCUUCUAUCCCUGUUCCAUCAUCCGUUGUGGCGCCUGAAUCGAGCGAGACACCAAGAGCUGUAUCCCCUGAUGCAAUGAACCUCGACGAUCAGCAAGUGGCCGCACCGGACAGGACUGAUACAGCCUCGGCGCCCUCCAUUCCAGGGUUGUUUUUGUCGUCCAGCGCGCCAUCACCUGCCCCUAAUCAACGCAAACGACCUGUCGCCGCAGACCUCAACGAGCAAUCUACAGCUGCCGCGCAGAAACGCCCCUUUGGUCAAGCGCGUGACUCGCGGCCGUUCCUGAUUGAUGUCAGCGAUGACGAAGACGAUGCUGAGAUGGAGAUCGAUUCUCCUGAGCUUCGACCCUCCUCGAUCCAACGGCCCACGACGCCUGGCUCAAGAACUAUUUCCUUCCGUGACCAUCCAGCAUUGCCCGACAGUGCAUCUCACCGCGCAGUUUCUAGCCCCAAGGCAGCGGGAACUCCGACAUCCAAUGUUAACAGCAAGGUCAAUUUGGAGAACAUGAACAAGAAGAUCGAGGAUAUGAGACGGAAAAUUGCUGAAGCGGAAGCCCGUAAGAAGGCAAAGCAGUCCAACAACGGUUCACCUUCUCUUCCUCAAUCCCAAGCUCAAUCAAAGGAGGGUAGUGUCGAUGCCGCCUCCGAGCCAACGCCUGCGGUGUCGACACCCACAGUGUCGACUGAGCUGGGGUCGGGUGCUGCUGUUGGCGAAGGUCGUGCGUCCACACCACUUCGUCGCCGCCCGUCUUUGAAUGCGCUCGAGACUCUACCCAAAACCAGGGCCCGAGAUCAACAAGCGAGACCUGCACUUCGCGCUCGAGUUGCCAGUGAACGCCUACCCAUCUUGGAAGCCCGUAGGAGGGAACAGACUGUUCGGCUGGAGCACUUGCAAUCUGAAGUCGUUAGGAUCACAAAGGAGAUUCAAGAUAGCUUGGCUGAAGAGGAGCGACUGAAGCAAGAUGCACUGCAGUCUGAAUCUGAACCAGCUUCGCGGCCAAGCGAGCCCGAACCAGACGCCAUCCAAGGUGAGCCCCCGGAUUCGGAACACCAAACGAGAAGACGAAGCGGACUAGAACUUGCGCCUGAACUCGUUUCAUCCCGAAGACUAAUCUCUCGCUCAGCUGAACCAGUGCCGGACCUGCUUGCUGCGGAUGAUGCUGUUGUGGAAUCUCCGGGACAGAACGACGCGAUCCAUUCAAGUGACGAGGCCGACCAAGAUGCAUCCAUGGAUGAAUCCUCAAGCAGUGAUAUGGCCGAGGCUGCAGAGGCACCUGAAGCAGUCCAGGUCGAACCCGCGACAAACGAGCACGCAGCCGUCGAGAGCAUUGCUGAUGAAAAUCACCAUUCAUCUACACCUAACACUCCAAGCUCCGCAAAUCACGCACAAACUCCUCUAGAGGGCACACCCCUUGGAGUUGCCCAUGGCGAUGAUGCAGAGCUAGAAGAGGAUGUUGCUAUGGAAGAGGUAGCAGGUGACAGCAACGAUGAGAACGAAGUUGAUGAGUCCUCGGAUGAGUAUGAACCAACAGAGGCAGGCAUCGAAUUGCCAUCUCAGCAGGCCCCUAGCCAUCCACAGUCCCCGGCCAGCCAAAGCAAUGUGGCCGAUGACACGCUCCUAGAAACGACUGAUGCUGACAUGCAGGGCGCUUCGGUCACGUCGCCCAUUCCUCACGCAAUUUCAACAGGCAAUGGAGAGUUGGGAUUUGAUGACAUUGGAGAAGUCAACGAAGCCAUGACGACGCAGGGAAUGCCGGAGACUAAUGGCCCUCGGUCAUCGUUCAUCCCGUACGAGACACCUCUUCAUUACUUCAGGGCGUAUCGCUUUCACCCCCAGUUCGAAGACUCAGUGUCUGGGGGCCUGCGAUCCUUGACAUACAGCAACAAAAUCGACGUGAAAAAGGAAGUAUGCCCUGAUCAACUCACCGAAGGGAGCUGCCCAAGAGGCAACGAGUGUCCGUUCCAGCACUUUGAAGAGAUGCAAGCCCCGGAUGACCAGAUCCUCCUUCAGCUCGGUGCCUAUGGUAACUACGAGGGGGAACAGAAGCAGGAUUACGUUGCAGGACUUCGCGAACUGCUCACGGACUUCCGCAACCGAAAGGUGAAGGACUUCCAGACAAUCAGUCAAGGCAUCAUCGAAUACCGCGCCAAAUUCCAUGGCGACAAGUCGAAGGUCCUUCCUCUAGGUGGUGUCACCUUAUGA